CCAGGAAACCUCCUCCUGUCAUCGCCGCCACCCGCUUGGCUUGCUGGUCUUGGAGACAGGAGCACUGGCACUGCAGCAGGGACACUGUGGUCGCUACGCCACCAGGGAUUUUUAAACAAUACAUACACUGCUGGGGAAAAUUAUACAGAGACCAUCUCGAUGGCCUUGCAAUGAUGACCAUUAACAGACAUAUGUCUAGGAAUAUCACAUGAUGAGCUGUGUGACUAUGUCUAGAAAGAACCUUCAACAGACAUUCUGGAUUUUCCUCUUCCUUGUGCUGCUCGUUGUCCUCUGGGUUUUCAAUGACUUGCAAGGGGGCCCAGAGUUUCUCUACCUGGGCCCUAACCUCAGCCUUCUCUUCCUUAAUGAGACCAUCUCUCCCAUCAAAGGCACCAGGCAUCUUCAAGUGUCUGCCUACUUGGAUGAAAGGAAAGGAAAGGGAACUGUUCGGAUCAUCACCAUGUUUUACAGACCAGGGCCACACGAUCUUCAGUGCAUUUUUAACUGCAACAACGGCGUCCUGUUCACCAGCCCAGCUCAGGUAGAGCAGCACAGUGACAACUUUGGCUUCCCAUUCGUAACUGCGGAUGUUUUUUGUGAAACAUCUUACAGGUGUAAGGCCACACAUGUCGGCCUUCAAACACAAGGGUCCGUGCAGAAUAAUGACAGCUUGAUGCCCAUUCAAAACCUGCAGCAGCGUAACAACGGCUUUGAGCGAGACUUGACCGUCUGUAUCUCCAAUCUCUUUGGGGACUACAACAAUGUCUUGCAGUUCAUCCAGACCAUGGAGGUGUACAAGAUACUGGGGAUCGGGAGGGUAGUGAUCUACAACACCAGCAGCAGCCACAUGCUGGAGAAGGUCCUGCAUUACUAUGUAAACGAGGACAUGUUGGAGGUGAUCCCUUGGCCGAUCUCUAACUUCCUCAAUCCUUCACGUGGCUGGAGAUUUGAAGAGCACGGUGGGGACAUUCACUACUUCGGCCAGCUCACAACUCUCAAUGACUGUAUUUAUCGCAACAUGUACAAGUCCAGGUUCCUGCUUCUUAAUGACAUUGAUGAAAUCAUUGCUCCUUACCAGCACACAAAUCUGAACCUGAUGAUGGAUGAGUUGGAAAAGAAACAGCCUGACACGGGCGUGUUCCUAGUAGAGAACCACAUCUAUCCAUUUAACGUGUUUGACGAUAGCGGAAGGUUCAAUCUAUCACUGUGGAGGCAAGUACCAGGAAUAAAUAUCAUGGAACACAUCCAUAGGGAGCCAGACCGCAAACACAUUGUAAAUCCCACCAAGAUCAUAGUUAACCCCCGUAAAGUGGAGCAGACAUCGGUGCACUCUGUUCUGAAGAGGUUUGGAAAUGAAUACAGGGUUCCUUUUGACGUCUGUAGGAUCGUACAUGUGCGGGUGCCUUUACAGGGACAUCUGUCCAAAGAGGAGCUGAUUGUGGACACCAAACUGUGGGAAUAUCACAAGGAGUUGGUACCAAGGGUCAAUAAAGUCAUUGGAGAAAGUGGCAUUUUGAGAUGAAGGCAUUGCUAAUUUCAUUUAGGAGGAUGGCCUUCUGAACGUGAAAUGUCAACUACCGCUUGAAGGGAAAGUCAAACAGAUCACGGGAUUAGGCCAAAUGCUGCACAGGCAUGUGUUUGUGUCUUGGAACACCGUCCAUGAAACAACAGCAGCUUUCUGCUUUGAAAUCCCACCAAAGAAACUGAGGACUCGUAUGUGUCCCUGUAGACUGUUCAAUCAUAAUGGUGUGGGUCCCAUGGAGUUCUGCUUUAGCAGCCCUGGUCUGUCUCUACCAUACUGCUUCCCUCCUUGUUUCCUUCACCAAUGACUUCUGAUAAUUGUCCCCAACAGAUACUGUAAUGAAAACCAGGGAAAUGUUUUCCAACAGUUGAUGUCCAAACUGAUGCAAUGUAAUUAAAAUGACUUGCACACAUGGAAACAAUUGUUCACACUUUCUAUCUGACAUUCCUCACUCUGAUCUUAUAUGGUCGGAAGAACACUGACAUGGAUUGCAGCUGCUCCACUACCACACCAAUCACUUCAUGCUAGAGAAAACAUCUUUGGGUUCAUAUAUGUUAUAGGGCGCCUGAGCACCUAUGAAAUAUCCAUC